AUGGGAAAUGCUUCCAAAAAGAUGAGUAAAUUUCUCACAAAAAGAUCAAGUGCGCCGCGCACUCUGCUCGUGUUGUUAUUGGCGCUGUGCUGCCUGAGCAGCGCAUUUGGCGCUAAGAUAACCAAAAAGACCGAGAAGCAAACACAGAAUAAUAGCGAAGACAAAGCUCAGGUCGCUGCUGCCGUAGAAGAAGCAGAAGCUGAACAAGCUGCUGAUGAAGAUGAUAAUGAUGGCGAUGAUGACGACGACGAUGACGAUGAGGAAGCAGACAAAGAGGCGGCAGCGGCAACGGCGACCACGACAACAACGAGUGCAACUGGUGACAAGAACGCCGUCCAACCGGCCGAUCCCACAGAUCUGAGCGUUUGGGGUAUGGUUCGCACACUAUGGAGCUGGCUGCGCAGCGACUUAAGUGAAAGCCUGUUUGGCGAUGACGAUGACAAGCCAACAUCUGCAGUGGAGGGUCGCACAUUUGGCAAAAUUCGACGUCUGCAAAUGGCGCUCAUCCCAAUUAUCUUCAAGUUUGGCGUACUAUCCGCCAUGGUGGCCUUUUUAGUAGCCAUAGGUAUGAAGUCGCUGUUCCUGCUCAAGGUGCUCGUCGUCAUGAAUGCCGUUGCCAUAUUGGGGAAGUUCCUAACUUUGAAGACCACACUCUUCGGCCAGUAUGAACACUCGGCGCCUACCUUCAGCUAUCCGGGCUGGAAUCCCCAUGCCAAAGAAUCGUGGGCCCCAACGGGUCCAGCGCAGCAGUCACCACAUACGCCCAGCAAGGAAAUACAUCUGCACAUCCAUGGAAACACCAACGGACAGAUUGCAGCCAACCAGGGCUACACCUAUGACACACAGGGCUGGCAGAGUCGCUCCGAUCCCUAUGGAGCCUACAUGCCUACCGGCAACACAGGCACCCAAUAUUUGGAUGCUCAAAGCGAGCUUCCCAACAACACCGACCCGAUGUCGCUGCUGCCCACAAAAUAUCCGGCGCGGCAGUUGAUACGCUAG